AUGGUUGCAUAUACCGAAAUUGUUCAUCAUCUGGAACGGUUAGAUCUGGCAUCAAUUAAACCAGAAGUUCCUAUAGCAUCUGGCAUUAUUGAUCUUUCAGGAAAUGAAGACCCGUUUUUAUCAGGACAAAUAGGAACUAUGGUUGAUGAUUUUGUGAGCACAUAUAGAGAUUUGAGACCCGAUUUUGAUCCGGUGUUCAUGCGACCAAUAACUUUCCCCCAGGAAGAAAUGCCUGUUGAGUCCAGACGUAUAGUGAUGACGGCUUUUGACUUACUAGAAGGAUUGCGACAUAUUUGGAGCUUGAGACCGUUAUUAAUCGAAGAUGAAUACAGUGAGAAUGCCUAUGUAAUUUACGCUAUAUCAAAGGUUUUAGAUCCGAUUUUUACUGGCCUCUCAAACGCGCAUGGUGAUACCAGUAAGUCAUCACAAUCCAGAAUGGAUCGAAUGGAGGCCACUAACUCUGGAAAAAAACCGGUUCUACAGGUUUUGUUAAAGCUUGAUAUGGUUGAAAAUGAACUUGUACUCGCCGAAGUUUCACGAUUACAUCCUCAACAAGACAAAGAAAUUAUCGACUGGAAAAAAUUGGUACGUAUCUAUAAAGAUUGUUUUGACGAGAGAUAUAACUUUUUCUUUGAUGGAAGGGAUGAUACCACCAAUACAGCUAGAUCGAUAAACAUCAAGCUAGGAAAAGUUCCUAUUUUAGGUGUCCAAGUAAUACGAGAUCGUGUGAUAAUUUCUGCACUAAACCUAUUUAAUAGUGAUUUUUAUCGUGUUUAUCGGGUCUGUGAGUUGGUUAUACCAUUACGUAUUUCCUCUCGUCAAAUCAUUGAAGAAUUUUUAAAAAAGCUCUUGAAUUUUGAGGUCCUUGGUGGAAAAAAUUAUCACAAUGACGGUGGAUGUGAAGGAUGA